UCUUUUUUUUUUUUUUUUUCAAAUAAUUCCAUUCAAAAAACCAUACCACUUUGACGCUCCUUCAAUUCUAUUUAAUUCCACCAUGAAAGUCCCUCUUUUCCACAACCAAUUCAAUUCCCUCUUUGGAAACCCGAGCUCUUUUUCUCUCUGUGAAUAAUCCAUCAAUGGCCACUCUCAGAUCCUCAAUUUCCAUGACCUCCUCAAUCGAUGGAGAUGGUCAUAAUAAGCCAGCCGGUGAGGUUCAUGUCAUUGUGGGUCCCAUGUUUGCUGGAAAAACCACUGCUCUUCUCCGUCGUAUCAAUUCCGAAGGCAGCAACGGCAGAAAUGUAGCAAUGAUAAAAUCAAGCAAGGAUACUAGAUAUGCUAGAGAUUCAGUGGUUACACAUGAUGGAUUGAAAUUUCCUUGUUGGGCUUUGCCAGAUCUAUCCUCUUUCCGAGACAAACUUGGUCAUGAUGCUUAUCAAAGGAUUGAUGUUAUUGGUAUUGAUGAGGCUCAAUUCUUUGAAGACCUUUAUGAUUUUUGCAGCAAGGCUGCUGAUCAUGAUGGAAAAACUGUAAUUGUAGCAGGUCUUGAUGGAGAUUAUCUAAGGAGGAGCUUUGGUUCUGUGCUUGAUGUGAUUCCGCUUGCUGAUAAUGUAACCAAGUUGACUGCGCGAUGUGAGCUUUGUGGCAAGCGCGCUUUCUUUACCUUAAGGAAGACAGCAGAGACACAGACAGAACUAAUUGGCGGUGCUGAUAUGUAUAUGCCUGUUUGCCGCCGACACUACGUCAAUGGACAAGUUGUCAUGGAAGCUGCUCGGAAUGUCCUGGUGGCGGAUUCAUGCAAACUUCAGCCUGACUCGCAUGCUGAGAUAGCGAAUGUUGUCUAGCAGAAAUCUUGUCACUUGUUUACAGGCCAACUUGGUGUAUGGUUUUGGUUUCUAAUUUAUCAACAGUGUUCUGUCAUGCUACAUUUACAUCUUCUGCAGUCUUCAUUGGACAUUGUUCAAUGUACUUCUCUCAUUGUGUAUAGCAUAUAUAAAUUGGGUGUUAUUUUCUCAUUAUAAAGAUUCAAACAAAUAAUUUUGCAGACUA